AUGAGCGGAAAUCGGAAGCGGAAUCAGGAAUCGGAGCCUCGCGACGACGACGACGACGACUACUCGACGAAACGACGCCGCAACAACGAGGCCGUCAAUCGGUAAGUGAUGAAAUAUCGAUGUUUGCCAAAAUUCCAAUUUUUCACUUUCAGAACUCGUCAAAAGAAGCGACAAGAGGAGAAUGACACUGCCGAGAAGGUGGACGAGCUGAAAAAGGAAAACGAGGCGCUGGAACGCAAGGUUUCACCGAUUUUUCUCGGGUUUUCCCCAAUUUUUCAAUUUCAGGUGGAACAACUGAACAAAGAGCUGACUUUCCUGAAGGAAAUGUUCAUGGUCUAUGCGAACAAGGACGGAAACAACGACGGUGGAGGCCCGCCGCCGCCGGCCGCCUCGGCCAGCUAG